UUGGCCUUUUGUUAACAUACAUAUUCCAUUUUUGAUACUGUCCAUUAGUUUGAAGUCAGAAGGAGUGGCGUCGGAGAUGAGUUUUUGCAGCGGUAGGCGAGACAAGCACAACUCUUAUCAUUACUCUCUGUGUCUGUCGGUCUUGUUGUUGGUCACAGCGACGGCCACGGAAGAUGCGUCGACAAUCAUAUCAAGAUUCCAACAGUACCUUCAGAUCAAUACAGCCCAACCUCAACCCAAGUACAAUGAAGCCGCCGAGUUUAUAACCUCACAGGCGAAGUCGCUAAAUCUGGAUUCCCAGACCCUGGAGCUGGUGAAGGGCAAGCCUUUGAUUCUCCUGAAAUGGGCAGGCAAGGACCCCAGCCUCCCUUCCGUUCUCCUCAACUCACAUACCGACGUUGUCCCUUCCGAGCAUAACAAGUGGGCCCACCCACCUUUCUCCGCCCACUUAGAUCCCACUAGCGGCAACAUCUACGCCCGGGGUUCUCAGGACAUGAAGUGCGUGGGCUUGCAGUACCUGGAAGCCAUUCGCAAGCUCAAGGCUUCUGGCUUCCAACCAACGCGCACUGUCUACCUCUCCUUCGUCCCCGACGAGGAAAUCGGCGGAGUCGAUGGUGCCGGAAAGUUUGUCGAUUCCGAUGUCUUCGUGAAGAUGAAUGUUGGGAUUGUACUUGACGAGGGCUUGCCUUCGCCCACCGAAAACUAUCGUGCAUUCUAUGGGGAGAGGUCCCCCUGGUGGCUGGUCGUUAAAGCUGUAGGUGCUCCGGGGCACGGGGCUAAGCUCUAUGAUAAUACUGCCAUGGAGAAUCUACUUAAAAGCAUCGAAACUAUAAGGAGAUUCAGGGCUGCGCAGUUCGAUUUAGUUAAGGCGGGACUGAAAGCUGAAGGAGAGGUCAUUUCUGUUAAUAUGGUCUUCUUGAAAGCUGGCACCCCUUCUCCCUCCGGUUUUGUCAUGAACCUGCAGCCAUCUGAAGCCCAAGCAGGAUUUGACAUCAGAGUACCACCAACUGCAGAUCAAGCAUCCUUGGAGAAGAGAAUAGCUGAGGAAUGGGCACCUGCUUCACGAAACAUGACUUUUGAGUUCAAGCAGAAGGUGUCUGUGAAUGACAAGUUUGGAAGGCCAGCCAUUACAGCUGUUGACAGUUCCAAUAUUUGGUGGGCACUGUUAGAAGAAUCUAUCGUCAAAGCUAAUGCUGGAGUUGGAAAACCAGAAAUAUUUCCUGCAUCGACAGAUGCACGCUAUUUUCGUGAGCGAGGCCUGCCAGCAAUAGGAUUUUCUCCAAUGGCAAACACUCCCAUUCUUCUUCACGACCACAACGAGUUCUUGAACAAGGAUGAGUAUUUGAAAGGUAUUGAUGUUUAUGAGUCAAUAAUCAAAACGUAUGCAUCUUAUAUUGAGCAUCCAAGAGAUGAGGCUUCAAGGGAAGAAUUGUGAGCAAGUUCCAUUGAAGAAACCUUGAGCUUCUUUUGUCUUGGAAGACAGGGACGUCUUUCUACUGUAUGAAUAAGUAACAUGGAUAUUUCACAAUCAUUGACCAAGAUGAUCAAUGUGUUAAAAUUCGUUCAUGUGUUACAUAUAUUUUCCCUUAUUUACUUUGAAUAUGGAGUUUCUCUGGCUAUUGCAUGUAGGAAAUAGAAUAUUGCAGGCGAUGAUGAGAACAGACUGGGUCGGUGGACCUUCUUUCU